AUGUAUACAAUGAAAGUUGAACAACUUGAAAAUGAACUUAAAUUAUAUAAAGAAGGUCGUCAUACAAAUCAAAGCAAUUCUCAUGAUAAUCCAGAUAUGAUUAAUUUAAUUCAAGAAGAAAAUCGACGUUUAAAAGCAGAAAAUAAUGUUUUACAAAAAAAACUUUCCGAGUUAUCAACGAAAACUGUCGAAUCAAUAUCAACAGCAAGUUCAAGUAAUGAAUCAUUUCAAAAAGAAGAUGUGGAAGUAGAAUGUGAUGAUAAUCGUAGUGAAGGUGGUCUUGUUCAUGUUGUCUCAACGAAAUCAACCAAUGGUGAAACAAAAUUAUUUGAUUCUAAUAGUAUUCGUCUUGAAACUGAACAAGAAGAGAAACGUCUUCUUCAAGAACAAUUUCGUCAAUUAGAAAUAUCAUUCAAGGAAACAAAUACAAAACUUAUGAAACAAAUUGAAAAUUUAAAAGAAAAACUCGAUGAAAAACAAAAUACAUGUUUACAAUUACAACAUGAUUAUGAAAAACGUAUUCAAGAUACUAUUACUGAUAAUAGUAAUAUAAAAACAACAAAUGAAUUACAAAUUGAUGUACUUAAAUCAGAAAUAAAACGACUUCAAGAUGAAAUUCAAACAAUAACAAAAACAAAAGAUGAUGAAAUAAGUAAUUAUAAAAAACGUGUUCAUGAACUACAAAUAACUAUUGAUCAAUUAGAAUCACAGAUUGGCACAGUAGCUGCUGAACAAAAUCAACAAUUACGCACUACUAAUGCUGAAUAUCAACGAAUUCUUGCAGAUAAAGAAUUGUUGCUUAAUCAAACGAUUAUUGAUCGUGAUUUGUUACAGACAGAAACUGAGCAAUCAAAAGAAGCCUAUGAAACACUGUUACAAACCGUUCAAAUACUUGAAGAACAAGUAACAAAUACAACACGCGAUUCUGAAUCUCAUCAACGCUUAGCUGAACAGCGUAAAACUAUCAUUGAUGAAAUGGCUGCAAAUAGUUUACAAGCUGAAGAAAAAGCUAAAUUAACUUUACAAAAUCAAAAAGAGAAAUAUCAAGCAGAAAUUGAACGACUUGAAAAAGAAAAUAAUGAAUUCAAGAUCAAAGAUCGAACAUUGAAACAAUAUCAAUCACGUUUUAUAGAAUUAGAAAAUCGUAUUAAAUCCGAUGAAGAACAUAAACAAGUUUUAACAAGUCGUUUAGAAAAAUUACAAGUAGAAAUAAAUGAACUUAAACAAAAUUUUGAAAAACAAUUCGACGAACAAAAAAUACAAUAUGAAAAACAACUAGAUGAUGAAAGACAAAAACAUCAUGAAAAUUUUCAAAAUUUAACCGAAAUUCUUAGCACAAAAGCUCAUAUAAUUGAAGAAUUAAAUGCUCAAAUCGAUGUUUUCAAACAAGAAACAUCGACAUUUAUUGAUGAAAAACGAGCACAUGAACGAAAAGGAGCUACAUUGAUGAAAGAUUUACAAAAACAAUUAAAUGCCGAAAAAAAGAAAAAUGAGCGAAUGCAAGAAAAAUUGACAGAGUUACUUUCAGGCGAUAAAGCUGCACUUGAUGAUCUAUUUUAUAUACCUAAAACAGAUGGAAGCCGACAAGGUGAUACAGCAUCAGUUUCAUCAUUUAGUGGAAUAGGAUAUAUGGAUCGAGGUUCAGUAACAUCAACUCAAAUGAGUACAACUGCAUUAGAACAAGAAAAUAAAGAUUUAAUACAAAAAUUAGCACGAACACAAGAAGAACGUUCUAUACUUGAAGAAAAAGUUCGACAUUUAGAAUCUUCAAAUUCUGCAAUGGCUAAUGAUCUUAUUCAACAUUAUUCAAACGAUAAACGUGGAUCAGUUUCCAGUGUAAAUACUCGUUAUUCAACUCCACCAUCUCGCCGUCGACAAAAUGCUUCAACAGAACGACAAUCAACUACAACAUUAAACUUUCGUCAUAUGUUGGAAAGUUUGAGUGGCAAUAAACAUCAAUCAACAAAUGAUGAUACUAUUAAAAAUUUACAGCGUUUAUUAGAAGAAACUCUAACAAAAAAUAUGCAUCUACAAAAAGAUUUAGAAGCUAUGUCGUUACAAUUACAAAAACAAUCAUCAUCUAAUCAAUAA